AUGAAUAUACUGUAUUUAUUGAGAUGUUCAUAUACUGUCUGAUGAGAGUGUGUUUAUGUUUCAUUUAGAAAUGUCUGUGGCGAAAUGGGGCUACACUUCUGCUUGCUAACAGAGGACUCAUUGAUGCAAUGAUGAAGAAGAUGAAGAUUUAGUUCUUCAGCUACAGUUUGCUAGUACCGUUGUUAUGUAAAUUUUGCCUCAUACACGUACCUGAAACCAAAAAAUGUUGUAAAGAUGCCAGCAGCUGAGUUGGAGUUUUUUGUGCCCCAGUGUCUAAAUAAGUGGUGUGGUCUGAACCACAUAUUGAAUGCCUGUACCUGGCCGGUCUUUCUACUGUGCACUCCAAUCCAAACCAAAAUCGCACAACGCAGAAUCAAGGGUGAUCCUUGGACUGGCAGGGUUACAUAUACAUGAUUAUUAUGUGAUCUUAUACAUUCUUCCGCUGCAUAGAAACAGACAUUUUUUAAUCAUGUGAAACAAAGAACAGUACAUAAAACAAUCACAAUUAGGCUGAAUUAGGGGCUUUUUGAUUCGAUUGCUUGUAAAUAGAGUGGAAACCACAUCCUUGUUUAUCCUGUUAUGCACACUGCUUAUGUCCUUUUAGAUGUUCUUUAAAACACAGAGCAUUUCUCUCUCUCAAGAAGACUAAAACAUGUCGGUGAGUUAACCAGAAACACAGGAAGAGGAAGUUCUUACAAACAACACAAUCUCAUUUCAGUCUGACACUCACACAGUCAGCAGAAAGACAACAUGGAGAUCAGAGCUGGUGAUAUCAGAGUCUUGAUUAAUGUGCUGUUGAUCUCAGUUACAGUAGCUGAGUUCAGUGACUCUCAAACACAUAAUCCAGGUUUUCCUGAAGUUGUUCCAAACAGACAACAAUUCUUUGAAUUAGAAUCUAUAGCAAUCAGCUGUGAAGGGCUAAAUGGACUGACUGGAUGGAGAGUGAUGAAAAAGAUAAAUGGAGACAUUAGAACAUGUGCUCCAACCUGGGAUAGAGCUACUGGGCCUUGCAAUAUUAGUAAUGCAUAUCCAAAAACUGACAGUGGAGAAUACUGGUGUGAAAUGGGAAGAACACAAAGAAGCAACACUGUCAACAUCACUGUAACUGAUGGUCCUGUGAUCCUGGAGAGUCCUGCCUAUCCUUUGUUGGAGGGAGAUAAUGUGACCCUGCUUUGUAAAAAGAAGCAUGCACACCCCAAUUUCACCGCUGAAUUCUAUAAAAAUGGCGCCUUCAUUGGGAUUGGUUCAACAGGAAAGAUGAUGAACCCCAUUGUCUCCAAGUCUGAUGAAGGCUUCUACAAAUGCAGCAUCUCUAAGACUGAAGAAUCACCAGAGAGCUGGCUAGCUGUUGGAAGAGCCGAUGAUCCACCUGAAGUGCUUCGCUUAGACCUCUACCUGGUGUUCGGCACCGGCUUCUGUGUUUUAAUGGUGAUUAUUUUGCUCCUUCUGGCUGGAGUAUUUCAACAUCAGAAACAUCAACAGACCAUCAGACGUCACAUAGAAGAAACUUCUUUGACACCAACAGGGGCCAGCAUGACUGAAUACGCCCAAGUGACGCAUACCCUCAUUACAAGAAGCAAGGUUGAUGAAAGCAGCUGAAUCUUCUUACAGAGAGAAAGGCAAACUUUACCAGCUUCUUUUUUAACAGAAGGUUGUGAUAUCUGAGAGUAACCACACCAGAAACCCAGAUACAAAAGUGUAUGUAGCUGAGCACCCUCAGUUCAACAUGUAGGUUGUUUGAAGGCUGUGGAGUAUCAUAAUGAAUGUGCACAUAAGAUAUAUUUUUAACUGGUGGUCACAUGCUCAGCCACUCGACAGCUUAAGUAGUGUGUCUGCAAGUGAAAUAAAAAAAAAAGACAAGACGUUUUUAAACUUGGUACUUUAGUUUAUUCAUAAUUGCAUUUCAUAAAUGAACAAAUUUUAUUAGAGUAAAUGAUAUAGAAGAGCAACAAUUUAUAAAUUAUGUCUUGUUUCAAAUAUAAUUCAUUUAAAAGAAAAAGAGUAUUUUGAAAUUUAAUUGGUACUCAAAACAGAAUCAACCGUAGCCAGCUGACUGGAAACAGUUCAUGAAGGUACCAACUCAGCUUUAACAGAAAAGGGUUUGAAACGCUUCUUUUGUACAACCACAAAUGAAGAAUAUAUGAGUCUCUUAUGUUAUUUUUUUUGAGUUUUAAUGUUAUUGAAGCUAUGGAUGUAUAGAAAGAAAACUGUCAAAAGAGUUGCAUUUAGACACAAGACAAUGAGCAUUUCUGUGUUUAUUAGCAGAAUUUUAAAGUUUUAGAUUUUGGUUUUAUAUAAACAGUGAUUGUGUUGAUUUAUAAUUGAUAAAAAGGUGUCAGUUUGCAUGAAAUAAAA